GGCCGCUCCCUGUCGUGACCGCCAUGUACGAGCCCGCGGGCUCCUCGAACAGCGCGAUGGCGGUCGUCGUGCCGGGCGGCGGCAUGGGAGGGAACAUGGUCGCCGGGCGGCCGCAGCCGCCGCCGGAGCUGUCGGCCCUCUCGGUGACGGCUGGGCCGCACUGCGGCGGCACCUCGAUCUGGGUCCAGGGCGCGCACUUUUGCGGCACGACACAGGUCUACAUCGGCGGCGCCCUCGCGCCGCAGCUCGCGAUGGUCAACGAGAACCUGCUCACCCUCGUGUCUCCGCCCGCCUCGAGCGACGGCGGCGACGUCACCGUCGAUAUCAUGGCGACCAACUCGGACAUCUUCGGGGCCGGCCACGCGCCCGUCUUCUCCAACGCGCUGCGCUUCACCUACUCCUCCAGCGUCCCCGCCUCGGGGCUGCCCAUGGUGGCGCUGGCGCCGGCGACCGCCGACGCGGCGGAGACGCAGACGGCGGAGCGCGCGCUCGCGCUCCUCGCGCAGCACGCGGCGCCGCACAUGCCGGUCGCGGGCGACGAGAACCUGCUCACCUCCGCCAGCUUGCCUCGCGACCAGCGACUCUUCGCCGCCGCGCUCGCCGUGGUGCUGGGCAAGCAGCCCGGCGUCGCAAAGGCGGAGAACGGCGAGUCGCCGCUCGACCGGCGCGACGACCAGUCCCGCACGUUGCUACACUAUUGCGCCGCGCUCAAGAACGCGCCGGCGGUGGAGCUGCUCCUCCGCGCCGGCGCGAGCACGGCGGUGCAGGACGCCGCCGGCCAGACGCCGCUCGAGCUCGCGCGCGCGUUCGGCUGGGUCCAGGGCGAGACCUUGCUCGCGCCGGUCGCCGCCAGCACCAACGGAACCACGCCGAUGGCGGGCGCCGCCGUGGCGAUGAUCGACGAGACCGCGGCGGUGUCGGUCGUCGACGCGAGCAUCCCGAUGGACGCGACCGCCGAGGUGCAGGUGCAGGUGGCGGCGACGGAGGUUGCGCCGACGACCGGCGCCCCCGAAGUCGGCGCCCUCCUCGGCCUCGGCGUCGCGCCUUGAGCUGGCAUGGAGCCGGCAGAGCGGCGACCUCCCCAAAGGCCCUGCUGGGCGGCGGGGCUCUGCGGCGGCCCGCAUGGCAUCCGGUGCGGGAGGGGCCCCGCUAAGGCAGUGCGGGGCCGGCCGGCUCGUCUCGGUGGGGUCUGGGGGUAGGAGGCGGUAUUGGGGCUGCUGGGAGAAGGGAUUGCUCCGCCAGAGAUCUGCCGUGCGUUGUCCACAGUCUUGCAGGCGCGGGGUGGGGUGUGAGAGAGGAGGAGCUUGAUUGACACGCGCAACAUCUUGGAGGGCAGGGGGAGCGGGAGAUCAGCAAGUAGAUCAGCGGGAGGGGCGGGUGCAUGUCGUUUACAU